UGAUCUAGUUAGCUCUUACGAUAAAAUAGUAAUAUCAAUCCACAGCACCUUCCUAAACCGGGUUGCUCAUCCCGUCCCAUACAGCACUUCUUCCAUUCGCGCUACAAUGACCAGACCAUCCUCCCGAGUACCAGCGAACAGGCCGAUGACACGGAGCAUCACGGCACUCGCCCUCAGGCGCUCCACAAGGCUUAGCGGGGUGCAAGGUAAACUCACAACAAACUUUGAUGCCAAGCUAACUCGAAAGCACCCGCUAACUCGUCGUUGACGUACUACAUUACAACUGAUCAUAGUCAUUCACGCACAUACAACUCUGCCACACCACCUCACCACGCGAAAAUCAAACAAACGCAGUAACAAAAAUAAGCAGACAUGCAGAGCCUCCACGGCAGUUCAAACAUGCGAGAGCGCCCGCACAUUGGACUGCAAUGCACGAUCUUGGGGAAGCUAUCGGUUGUCCAUCCCCUUCCGGUCCCCAUAGUACUUCGCCUUUAUCUGACAAUGUUUCCGCCCGGGAAACGGAAUUAAUCCUAAAGGAGAAGGAGUUCCGAUCCAAAUCUCGAAGACUCGAAAAACAGCUUGCCACUGUAUCUCACAAGGAGAGAGAAGCCGCUGCAUUGCUCGAAGAAUGCAAACAACGGCUGGAGAGAACCACCAUACGGCACCUUGAAGACUACUUUACGUGUCCAUUGUGUUUUGAGAUCAUGGCGUGCCCAUAUAGUUUGAACCCACGACAGUGCGGGCAUACCUUUUGCGCCACUUGCAUUCUCAAAUGGUUCUUCUCCCGAUUGCAUCGCGUGUGUGGCAGCUGGCAUGAACCCGUGGACUGUCCCAUGUGUAGGAGUGCAUUAUUGUACACUCCAGAUAACGUUCCCCGUCCAGAAUCCUCCUUCCCUUUCAUACCAAACAGAACAGCUGAUAACGCGAUCCGCGGCAUGAUCAACACUCUCGCAAAGGAGGCUGACUCUCCAAACGCCUCCGCCUCUAGCCCACUUGCUGACUGGGGAGAAGAUGGUCACGCAAGGCAAGAAUGGUCAAGAAAAGAAAGGCAGGUUACUCCUCAAAUGACGUCUCUCGCUGCGUCGUGGAUAAACAUGCACAGGGAAGAAUUUAUCAUCAUCAAAAGCAGACUUGAAGUAUGA